AUGGCCGGCAUGGGGCGCGGGAUGCCCAACAACAUGCAGCAGAUGACCAUGAAUCCUCAGAUGGGAGGUCUCAUGGGCGGUCAAAUGGGUGCUCAGAUGGGAGGCCAAAUCGGCGCUCAGGUGGGAAAUCAAAUGUCUAACAUGGCUGCUCAAAUCCCCGGCAUGCCUGGUCAGAUGAACCCUCAAAUGGCUGGCCAAAUGAGAGGCAUUCCGCAACAGGUGGCCGGGCAGAUGAGCUUGAGCCAUCCUUCGGUCCAACAGCACAUCUUCGACCAACUCAACUCCCAGGGUCCCUGGGCUGGCUGGCAGGCAAAUGUUCACAUCAGAGAAAGAGCCGGUCAGAUCAAACUACUUGUCGAUUCUUUGCGUCUCGUCAGACCCCCUGUUGACCUGCCCCGCGCCAUCGAGGUCGCCCUGCAGUUCGAGCGAAAGUGCUUCAGUCAAAGUGCUAGCAGAGAAGAUUAUGUUCGAGAGUGCAGUGAAAAGCUAGGACGCAUUCGAGACCAGAGAGCCCAGCAGAUGAACCAGGGCAAUGCAAACCUUAUGCAGACAAUGGGCAUGCAACCUAACAUGCAAAUCCCUAACCAAACCUUCCAGCAGAUGCAACAACAGAUGGGCCAGACUAUGAACCCUAACAUGGCUCUCCCUGCCCACCUCCAACAGCAGAUGCAAGGCUCUCCUUUUCUAGGUCAACAGCAGUCUCAGCAGCAACCUCAGCAACCUCAGCAGCAGCAGACUCCACAGCAACGCACCCCGCAACCCAUGAUGACUCAACCUCAAAAUGUUUCGGCCCAAGUUGCAAUGAUGCAAGGGAACAAUAACCAGCAGAAGGGCAAUGCAGUAUCCGAGCUUACUCCCGAAGACAAUAAGGCCAUCAACCUCCGAGCCGCCGAGUUGGCAAAGAACACCCCCAAGGAGGAGAUGCGCAGUAUUGUUGAAAAGAUGAAUCCUCAGCUGCGACAGAAUCUCGCUCAAAAGGCCGUGGAUCCCAUCAUAUAUUAUUUCCGCAUGUUGGCCACCAAGGAAUUCCGCCGCCGCAAACAAAUGGAAGGUGGUGUUGGAGGAGCUGGACAAGCCAACAAUGCAAACAUGAUGAAUCAGCUGCAACAAAACCAAGCCAUGGGUGCCAACGGCAACUCCAUGGCUGAUAUGGGCCGCUUCCAGGGCCUCCAGGCCGAGGGUUUGAGAUCUCAGGAAGGAGGAGAGUUGGUUGUCCCCGCAAGCACCAGCCAAGCUAUCAUGCCCGAUCAGAUGCGCUUGCAACAACAGAUGCUCGCUCAACAACGUAUGAAUCAACAGAAUCCAAACGCUUUGAACCCGGCCUUUAUUGCUCAGCAGCAACGCUUACAACAAGCCCAAGCUGCCAAGAUGCAACAAGCUCAGUUGCAAGCUCAGAAUCAACAAGCUCAAGCCCAGGCCAGAGCUCAAUCACAAGCUGCUUUGGCUAAUCAGCGUGGUCAGAUGCAGGGCGUUGGUGGCAACAACACCCCUCUGUCUGCUAUCAAUCGUCCUGUUGGGGCAAAUGUAUCAGGUACCAGUCCGCAGCCGGGAACUCAGGCUGGACAAAGGCCUCCCUCGAGCACUCCCAUGAUGAAUCAGCAGAUGUCAAUGGCUGGUAACAUGCAGCAAGGACAACAACAGCAGAUGAAUAUGCAAGAUGUCCAAAAGCGAGAACAGGCUCUUGCGAACUUCCCCGCCCCACUACAGCAAUUGUUGCGACAAAAGCCACAAAAUGAAUGGCGGAACAUUCUUCAACAAUUUCAAAGGGAGAACAGUGGUGCCCAAAUGCGACGGAGUCUUUCUCAACAACCAGCGGGGUUGCAGCAACAACAACAGCAGCAGCAGCAUCAACAACAACAGCAACGACAACAGCAGCAACCCAUGACGCAAAUGCAGAAUGGUGCUUUCAUGGGUAGUGCUAACAUUGGUGCUGUAAACAUGCAACAAUCCCUGUCUGCUGGAGCCGCUUCUGUUCCGCCUGGUCAAGACAUCAACGCAAUGACAGGUGCCCAAAAUCAGAUACAGCAGAACCAGGAGAUGAUGCGCCAACGCCAAAUGCAGUUGCAGUUGCAGCAGCAGCAGCAGGGCGCGCCGAAUGUCCCUGGUCAAGCUCCAAAUGCUAGACCUCAGCUCACUCCACAGCAGAUGAAGAUUAUGGAUCAGCAAGCUGUGCCGCAGACUGUACUCAAUAGUGUUCGACAACAUACUAGACUGCCUGAUGUCAAGAAUUGGUUCUCGCUCAAACAAUGGCUCAUACAAAACCCCGUCCCCAGCCUUCCGGUACCUCAGUUGCUCAAUGUUCAGGCGAAUCAUUUUGCUCAUCUUAUGAAGACCAGAGGUCAAAACAUGAUGCAGCAAAACAAUGCUAUGCAAGGUCAGAUUCCUGGGCAGCAGCCACAGCCUCAACUGCAACUGCAACCACAGCAGCAACAGCCAGCUCCCCAGGCUCCUGUACCGGGGGUUCCUCCUCAACAAGCACCAAACAUGCCUCCUGCACCAGCCCCGUUCCGCUCUCCAACACAGCAAGAUAUUCAGAAGGUUCGAGCCGCCAAUCCCAAGCUCGCAAACGUACCAGACGAACAAAUCAGACUCUUGUUAAUAACGCGGCAACGACACCUACAACAGCAAUCAAUGCAGCAACCAUCUGGAGCUCAACCUAUGGGCCAACACAUACCUGGAAUGCAGCAACAGAUUACGCCCCAAAUGGCUCAACAGCAAGCUCAAAUCCAGCCAGGGCAACAAAUCCGACCACCCUCCGCUCAAGGUCCUCGACAGACUCAAGCUUCGGUGCAAUCUGAUAACAAGGUGAAACGACCUAAUGGAGAUGACAUUGUUGAGUUAGCAGGCCCUAUUGCGAACAACCCACCUGUUAUCCAGACAGACACGAAUAAGGGACCUCCAGCAUUAAACAAGGAACAGUUUGCAGCUUUGGAUCCACAGAAGAAGCAGCAGUAUAUGCAGUGGCAACGGCAGCAACAAGUUGUAAAGAAGAUUUUUGAGCUUACCAGAGAAGUCCAAGCUACGCUACCAAAGACCAAGCCAAUCACAAACAUGGAUGCGGCAAACAGGAACCGGAUAAAGAUGAUUCUGACCUCAGACAAUGUGAAGAACAUGUUGGGCAGAUUCGAUUCCUUCUUGAUUGCUUUCUAUCGGAUGGAGCAAAACGACGCUGCCCUCAAACAACUUAUUUUGCAAAAGAUGCAAUUGUUCUCCCAGUUUAAGCCUCAAGCCUUGCAGAACAAGUCAUUCGAGUUGGUAGACCAUUUCAGUCUGACUGCAGACGGCGCAGAAGCGAUUAUCAACAACAUUACUGCCAAGUUCCAACAGACCGCUGCUCAGAUUCCCCAGCAGAACAAACCGAGACCAAUGGCGCAACUAACUCCGGAGAAUCUCAGUUUGUUGGAAGCUCAGGAAAAAGAACGGAAGAAGUCCCUGGGUACAAAUCAAGCUCCCCCCGCACCCACUUCCAGUCAGCCUCCAUUUCAGAUUGGAGACAAAGGACGGGGCACACCUACCUAUGCGGCUCCUGGAUUCAAACCUGAAGAUCUUAAACUUGAUCCAAAGCGGCGCAAGAAGAAUAACCAAACUCCUGCAACUCCCGUCGCCCAGUCUGGCCCAAGUACUAGGACCACAUCGCCUGUCGCUACCAAGGCACCGAAACCAGUUGAAAUGUUCAGAUGUCCUGUGCUCGGUUGUGAACAUCAACUUAAAGGCUUUUCCACACAAGCGGAACUUGAUCAGCACCAUAAUGUUACUCACAAGCUUGACUUGGAACCGGUCACAGAUCCCCUUGCCUUCCUGGACGAGUCCCUGCGAUUCGCUUUCAACCUAGAUGAGAAUAUGAAGCAGCAGAAGAAGCCCAAGACAGAAUUAAAAGCUGAAUCAGGAACAAAUCUCAAGGGAGAGAAUUCUGCAACCCCUAUCCCCAUGUCUAAAAUUCCCAGCCAAGGAGUACCUGGUCCCAAAGCUGUGGAAUCCAAGACUGAAGAUGAUUAUGAUAAUCCCUGGAACCACACUAACACUACACUUGAUCAACUCCGCGUGGCCUUUGGUGGAAAUGAUUGGGAUGACUUAUUCCCAUCUAAACAAAAGCAAGAGGAAAUGCACAGUAAAAUGUUGGAGGCCUAUCGCAAGACGAGCCCCAGAUGGCGAAAGAUCGUGGAAGGGCCCGAUGGUGCCUUGACCGACACAUCUACGGAGAAAUCCAAAAGCCCGACAGACCUCAGUGAUAAGGAAUUACCUGCGGAUAAGGCCAUGGGAGGUAAAAAGAGAGAGUUUGACUCCUGGCAAGUCAACCUGGACGAGAUUCAAGGCCUUGACCUUGGUCUUGGUGGUCUUGACAUGUCACCAUUCGAGAACGUUAACGCUGUCCCUGAUACCGACGUUGUUAUGGGCGAGGAUGGCUCACCGUUCGAGACGAUAGAGAAACCACAGUUGUCGGCCCUCGAAUGGAAUGGGCAAGAAAUGGGACUGGAUGUACAACAUCCAGAGGCUUGGACUGAGGACCAGCAAGAUUAUGCAGAUUUUCUUUUCCGGGAUUAG